AGAAUUUUGAACCCCCAAAAUCUCUCGGGAAAAAAUUUAGGAUGUUUGGAUCAACAUUUGAAGGCUUCUUAACAAAAUGCUUGCUUUUGAAAUGUUGGCACGUCGGAUGAUAUCCAGCCGUUCACACGUGCACGCGGUCCGGAGAAUUUUACUUCGCAAUGCGUCCGAGGAAUUUUAUCACUUUCUGGAAGCCAAAAAACCAGGACUGCGGUUGGAAUUGGAGAUUAACAAUUCAUAGGAAGAACCCUCUCUCUCUCUCUCUCUCUCUCUCUCUCUAGAGCGACGUCAUCAUGUUUUUUUUUGUUGGGUGGGAAGGUUCAGAUGGGGCCGGUGACAUUACCGUAGAAUUCAACCCUUGAAAACCUAACAACGUUGAAUUAUGUACACACACGCCCCCCAAAAAAGAAAUCAUAAAGAAAAUCAAGAUCGAAGAACGUUUCUAAUUCCUCCUCCUGCUGCAGCCGCAUUGCUCGCCAUAUAUAAUACCUCAUAAACUCCGAAGAAGCCACAGCGAAGGUGGGAACCGAGCGCCUUUCCAACUCCUGACGACGACGCAGCCAUGAUGAGCCGCGUCUGCUUCGUCCUCCCCGGGGACCAGUCCGGCGAGAUCUGCGUCCGGCCCCCGAAAGAAGGGCUCGAGAAGCGCCGCCACCGGGAUUGCGGGGGUCACGUUCUUGGUCUGAUCCGCCAGCAGCUGCGCCGGCUCCACGGCUCCAGAUGUGCCGUCAAGUUUUGUCAUCAUCAAGAAGAGGAAGAGGACGGCAGCGGCGGCGACUGGGAAGAGAAGCCCGAGAAGCAGCGGUCCGGCGUCUUCUUUGACAUGGAAGGAGUCCAGCUGGCUGACAAGGUCGGGAAGGACAACCCCAGGAUCUUCAGCUACUCGGAGCUCUACAUCGGCUCUAACGGGUUCAGCGAGGAUGAGGUUCUUGGGAGCGGAGGCUUCGGGAGAGUGUACCGCGCGGUGUUGCCGAGCGACGGCACGGUGGUGGCCGUGAAAUGCGUGGUGGAGAAAGGGGAGAGGUUCGAGAAGACCUUCGAGGCGGAGCUCGUGGCGGUGGCGCAUCUCCGGCACCGGAAUUUGGUCCGGCUCAGAGGGUGGUGCGUCCACGAGGACCAGCUGCUGCUCGUCUACGACUACAUGCCGAACCGGAGCUUGGACCGGAUUCUGUUCCACCGGGCCGCGGAGAGCCCGGCGCCGCCGCCUCUCGGCUGGGAGAGGCGGCGGGAGAUCGUCCGCGGAUUGGCGGCCGCGCUGCAUUACCUCCACGAGCAGCUCGAGACGCAGAUCAUCCACCGCGACGUCAAGACGAGCAACGUGAUGCUCGAUUCUCAGUUCAACGCCCGGCUCGGGGACUUCGGGUUGGCCCGGUGGCUCGAGCACGAGCUCGAGUACCGCGCCGAGGCGGCGCCGCCGCCGUCGACCAAGAUUCACAGCCGGUUCCAUCUGGCGGAGACCACCAGGAUCGGCGGCACGAUCGGGUACCUGCCGCCGGAGAGCUUCCAGAGGCGGAGCGCCGCCACGUCCAAGUCGGACGUCUUCAGCUUCGGGAUCGUGGUGCUGGAGGUGGCCUCGGGGAGGAGAGCGGUCGACCUCGCGUGCCCGGACGACCGAAUCGUGCUGCUCGAUUGGGUCCGGCAUCUAUCCGAUGAAGGGAUGCUGCUGAAGGCAGGGGACAGCAGGCUCUCCGACGGCUCCCACCGCCUCUCCGACAUGGAAGGCAUGAUCCAUCUCGGCCUGCUCUGCACGCUCCACGACCCGCAGCUGCGGCCGAGCAUGAAAUGGGUUGUCGAGGCCCUUUCCGGCGACGUUCCGGGGAAGCUGCCGGCGCUCCCUUCCUUCCGAUCGUGCCCGCUGUACAUCUCUCUAGCCUCCCCAGCAGGCACGAGCAUGAGCAACACGACCACGGAAUUAGGCCAGUCCGCCACCACGUCGACCGCCGCCACCGCCACGACGUCCGGCACCGCAUUUAGCGCGUCCCACUAUGUCACCGCCGAUGCCGAAACCAUAUAUGCCACGGCCGAAAGAGGAGAGACCAACAGCGAUGCUGACAAUCCCUCCUCUGCUAACGGCGGUGGCCGGCCCCGGGUGAACGGUUUCUUCUCGGUCGAAACCCCGCGCGAGAUAUCGUACAAAGAGCUUGUGGCCGCCACGGACAAUUUCUCCGACAAGAGGAGGGUGGCGGAGCUGGACUUCGGGACGGCUUACCGCGGGUUCCUCGAUAACCGCCAGCACAUCCUGGUCAAGAGGCUCGGCAUGAACAAGUGCCCUGCACUACGAGCCCGGUUCUCGAACGAGUUGCACAAUUUGGGCAGGCUCCGGCAUCGCAGCCUCGUGCAGCUCCGUGGAUGGUGCACCGAGCAAGGAGAGAUGCUCGUCGUGUAUGACUACUCGACGAAUUGCCUCCUGAGCCAUCUCCUGUUCCAUCACAAUGAUCCGCGCAGGGGCCGCCCCGUCUUGCGGUGGCGUCACAGGUACAACAUCAUCAGAUCGCUGGCUUCGGCAAUUCUUUACCUUCACGAAGAUUGGGACGAACAAGUGAUUCACAGAAACAUCACCUCUUCCGCCGUCAUUAUUGAUCCGGACAUGAACCCGCGGCUCAGCUGCUUCGCCCUGGCCGAAUUCUUGACAAGAAACGAUCACGGGCAUCAUGCGGCGCAUAAUGCAGACAGAUCGGUUCGAGGGAUCUUUGGCUACAUGUCCCCUGAGUAUAUGGAAUCAGGGGAAGCUACCACGAUGAUGGAUAUAUACAGCUUCGGUGUCGUGAUACUUGAGGUGGUUACAGGAUACAUGGCGGUCGAUUUUCGGAGGCCUGAAGUGUUCUUAGUAAGAAGGAUAUGUGAAUUGGAGGCACAGAUGAAGACAAUAGAAGAAUUGGUUGACAUGAGACUGAACGGUGAGUAUGAUCUGGGAGAGCUGAAGAGAUUGGUCAAAUUGGGAAUAGCGUGCACGAGAUCCGACCCAGGAUCUAGACCGAGCAUCAGGCAGAUCGUGAGCAUCCUUGAUGGGAACGAUCGAUGCUUCAUACAAUGCCAGAGCGAGAGCCUGAACGAGUGGAGCCAAAGAAAUGCCACUUCUUUGUCAAUGAUCAGAAGUAUGCAAUCUCUAGGAAUUCAAUAGGAUCUUCCAAACCAGUAUGAGAUUUCAAAAGAGCAGAAACUUGAUACUGUCAUCAAAUCGCCGAGAGCGAUCUGCAGAUAAUUCCUUACCCUGUAGAGUAGAGUGCAGAGUGCAGAGAGAAUGUAAUAGGAUGGAUGGAAGUAUGUAAGCACAGAGGUCUUAAAUAGUCAAUAGUGUUGCCGUUGACUGUACACAUUGCAAGUUUUAUGAGCUCGUGUAUGUAUUUGGCUUGGCGCAUGUAUGUACAGACAUCGCCCAAGUUUUGGUUCUUCUGCGAAAUUUGGUCCAUCUCUAUGUAUGGCGCAGAACAAGCAGACACUUCCUAAAGAAAUGUUUGCCAAUGUCCUAGGCACGGAGAGAACCAUCCCCAACACUGUACUGGUCCACUCAUGCUAAUUUCUACGACAGACUAAGAAAAACACUUCCCAAGAAAACGAUUUGGAAAACGAAAGGGUCAUGCAAGAGUGCUUCUCUCAACUAUCUGUCCAUUGUAAGCAGAAAGAUUUGUCUAUCUGA